AACCACGUGACGCACUGAGGGAAAAGUAUAGGUUUUUCAGUUAAAAACAAAGUUAUUGCGCUAAAAAAGUGUCAGACUUUAAUCGCCGCAUAUUCCCAGCAGUUAACUGGCGAUGUUUACUGCGAGUUAAUAUUCUAAAUAUUGACCUCUUUUUUAAGAACGUUUCUGACGCUGUGUAUUUAUCUCAUUAUAGUCGAUCUGCAACCAUAUUUUCCCUACAUAUCAUGACUUCCGAGGCAUCCAAUAUUAACGAAAAAGCUUUGCAGUAUGAGACUUUCAUCAAUGAUGUAUUGAGGCGAGACUUACAGAGGGUGUUGGAGCAAAGAGAUGGUGUUUAUGAGAAAAUAUCACAAUACCUUCAGCUGAAGAACACAAUUAAAAGCAUUCAGGAAUCUGACAGUAAAGAACUCAAAACAGAUGUUGACCUUGGCUGCAAUUUCUAUGUUCAAGCUCAUGUGCCUGAUACAUCAAAAAUAUUUGUGUCAGUUGGUUAUGGAUUCUUUGUCGAAUUCACACACACUGAGGCUUUGAAGUUCUUAGAAAAGAAGACGAAUCAGCUAACAGAAUAUACUGAGGUUCUUACCAAAGAUGCAGCAAAGAUAAAGGCCAAUAUUCGGAUGGUUCUGGAGGGAUUAAGGGAAUUGCAUGGUCUGAAAGAUCUUCCAGAGACCAGAAGGAGAGAGGUGUUUUAGUAUAAUAAAACUCAUAAAAGCAUGGUGUAUUCUUUUUGUGCAUAUGACUUGAUGUUUGUUUCAAACGAUGUAAACAUUAUGGCAAUUAGGUUAAGAUGAAUCUUGCCUUUUAACAGGUUAUACUGUUGUUUAAAAAAAAAAAAAAAAAAAAAGUCAGCUGAAUAAAUUGCAACAUUUUCAGAACACCUCUGUGCCAUUUGUUAAUCAUUUUAGCUAUGCCACUAUUUGUGCAUGCAAUACACUUACUCAUUUUAUUACUUAAACCCCUUUUAGAUCAUGUAGUUUAUAUGGAUGCAGAUGUUUCUGCAUAGAAAUGUGAACAUGUACGAGGCCUCUUUUCAUAUCUAAAGCACAAGGAUACUGCUUAAAAAGGUUUAGAAAUCUGUUAAGAGAAUUAUAUUAAAUGCAGACCGUGAGAUUAUCAUGUGUCAUUCUAUAGUGCAGUGGUGGCCAGAAAUAUUGGCACCCGUUGUAAAUAUGUGCAAAGAAGUCUAUGAAAAAAAAUCUGCAUUGUUUACGCCUUUGAUAUUUCAUUCUAAAAAUUCACAAAAAUCUAGCCUUUAAUUGUGGCGGCUGUGGCUCAGGUGGUAGACCGGGUUGUCCACUAAUCGCAGGGUUGGCGGUUUGAUUCCCGGCCCACAUGACUCCACAUGCCGAAGUGUCCUUGGGCAAGACACUGAACCCCAAGUUGCUCCCAAUGGCAAAAUAGCGCCUUGCAUGGCAACUCUGCUGUCAUUAGUGUGUGUGUGUGAAUGAGAAGCAGUGUGAAGCACUUUGAAUACCGCUAAGGUUAAAAAGGCGCUAUAUAAUUGCAGACCAUUUACUAUUUAAUUGAAGUAUAACUAAUGAAAGAGGGGAAACUUUUUAUUAUUAAAUAUUUUUCUCUAGAACACAUUGGCCACAAUUAUUGGCACCCUUAGAAAUUCUUACGAGUAAAAUAUAUCUGAAGUAUUUUCCCAUUCAUAUUUUUUAAAAAAAAGCAAAAGUGCAUUUUAAGUGCACCUGGGUGACUAGGAACAUGAAAUUGUAAUUGACUUCCUGUUUCACAGGGGUAACCUACAGGCCAAAUUCCCUUAAUCAUAAUGAGUUAGACUAAAGAAUAUAGUUCUGAUGUGCUGCAAAAGGAUGUUGAGCUUCACAAUAUGGGAAGUGGCUGUAAGAAAAUAGCCAAAGUAUUGAAAAUGCCCAAUUCCACCAUCAGGGCAAUUAUUAAGAAGUUCCGAUAAACUGGAGAUCUUAAGAAUCGGCCUGGAAAAGGACGUGUGUCUAUAUUGUCUCCAUGCACAGUGAGGAGGAUGGUUCAAGUGGCCAAAGAAUCUCCAAGGAUCACAACUGGAGAACUGCAGAAAUUAAUUGGGUCUUGGGGUCAGAAAGUCUAAAAAAAAAUAUCAGACAUCACCUACAUAACCUCAAGCUGUUUGGGAGGGUUUCAAGGGAAAAAAGCCUCUCUGGUCAUGCAACAACUAACUCGAGCAUCUUCAGUUUGCCAGACACUACUGGAACAUCAAAUGCAACCGGGUUCUAUGGUUAGAUGAAACAAAAAAAGACCAUUUUGGCAACAAACACCAGAGAUGGGUUUGGCGUACACAGAGAUGAAGAAGUACCCAAUGCCCACGGUUAAAUGUGGUGCUGUCUUUCUGCCAGAGGUCCUGGACAUCUUGUUUGGAUACAUGGCAUCAUGGACUCUAUCAAAUACCAACAGAUAGAAAUCUAAACCUGGCUGCCUCUGUCAGAAAGCUUAAAAUGGGCCCUGGUUGGAUCUUCCAGCAGGACAAUGAUCUAAACCAAACAUCAAAAUCAGCACAAAAAUGGUUCACUGACUAAAAUAUCAAAGUUCAGCCAUGGCCAUCCCAGUCCCCUGACCUGAACCACUUAGAAAAUGUGUGGGGUGUCCACCAGCAUGGACAUUGGAAUUUGAAGGAUCUGGAGAGAUUCUGUAUGGAGGAAUGGUCUCAGAUCACUUGCCAGGUGUUCUUCAACCUCAUUAGGCAUUAUAAGAGAAGACUCAGAGCUGUUGUCUUGACAAAGAGAGGUUGCAAAUAGUUUUGAAUAAAAGGGUGCCAAUGCAUUUUGGAGAAAAAAAUAGAUUUUUCCCCCCUUUCAAAUGUUUUACUUCAAUUAAAGAUUUGAUUUUUGGGAAUUUUUGUAAUAAAAUUUCAAAAGGACAAACAAUGCAGAUUUUUUUCACAGCCUUCUUUGCUCAUAUUCACAAAGGGGGCCAAUAUUGUUGGCCACAACUGUAUAUUUAAAGGCAGACAAUUUAAAUCAUGCAUAUUAAUGGAUAAUGACAUGACAUUCAUAGUUAUAUAUUACUAUUUACAUAUAUGCUGUUUUUUCUAUGUUAAUGAUGCACUCAGUAAUUUUUUCCUCAUUGAAAAAAUUUUAACUCCUAAAGACAUGAAUUGUAAUUUUGCAAUAUAUGUUUGAAAUCAUGAACACUCAUAUUAAAAUGAAGACUCCAGUCAUAUCAGUAACCUUAUAAAAGCUGUUUUAUUCUACAUGGAGAGGGUCCACAUAUGGGGGCUGCCAUGUUAGAAUCACAUGACCAGCUGAAUACUACUCGCUUAAUCUCAGUGACCAUCCUGUUGCGGUAUACUUUCACUCAUUGAUUACAUUAAUCAUGUCUGACAUGAUACUUAAUAUCUACAAUGGCAACUGAAACUUAAAACUAUUGAUUUAAAAUUAUGCCGCAUCCAUUAGUCAUUAGGUGCCAGUGUAAGUCCAAGAUGACACAAAGGCAAAAGUUACUGAGUGCACCUUUAAGAUAAUACUACAACACCAUUAUUUGUAGAUCUAAAAUUAAAGAUGUGAGAUUUGAGAAUUUGUCUUUGUGAAUUAAGUAUAUUAAAUGAAUUUGAGCAAAAAUUCUACUGUAAUUCAAAAUGUAUUUAACAUUAUCUUAUAUCUACAAAUAAAA